UAAAUGAAUGUUCUGGCUUCACAAGUUUAAGUAUCACUUGAAACUCAUCAACUUAAGAAACUUAAUUGAGUGAAAGAAAAUGAAUUAUUUAUACUUUUCAUUCAUUGUUUUAUUAUCUAUCAACAUUUGCUUUUCAAGAAGCGCUGAAACUGGAGAAGAAUGGGAAACGGUGACCACAGCCAAUAGGAAGAGCAGUAGUUCUAGUGCUAUAGUUCAAAGAUGUGCUACAGAUAUUGUAAGUCAGGGUAAAACUGUCUGUGAACUAAAUCUAGCUUCUUCUAUCACAAAUACCGCCUGCAACCGUUGCUGUACUAUUGCUUUGAGAUCGGGUGGAAGUUGUAACACUAAUAAAGUGUGUGCUUGUAACGAUCGAUAAAAAAUGAAUGUAAAUUCCAAGUUCUAAUAAAUCAAAACAAUAACAAGGUGAAAGCCUUGAGAAAGAGAGAAACACUUUUAAUCUUAUCAUUUUCUGGUGUUACUGGUUGAUUGCUAGAGUUCACUUUUCAACAUAUGAAUAUGAUUAUAUUCAUUUAAACUU